CCACCUUCAUCGGGGGUUGUCUGUUCCAUCGUCUCCCGUCAGCCAUGUCUGUAGCUGAUGAGAGCUUCGAAGUCUCUGAUCUCUCCUUCCCUUCUCCUCCACCCCCUUCCCUUUUCAUCGCUUUCUCUCUCUGCUGACUUUCGUUGAGGCUUCCAAGCUUCACUGUGAAGCACUUUUUCUCUCUCAUAAUCUCUACAUCGUCUUCCACCUCCGUGUAUUCGUCGGUGUGAAUCUCUGAUCGUCUCUCAAUCUCUCUCAUGGCGUUUUCACCAACCUAGCUUCACUGGUGUACUAUAGUUCCCUUUUCCUUGCCCAUGGAUUCUCGCAUGACCUUCUCGGACUCGAACGAUAACAGUGGCAGUAGCAGCAUCUGUUUCGUCUCUCAAACUGAGACCUUCUCUCCAGAAGCCUGCGGUGACGUCCAAGCCCUUAGACGCCUCUCUGAAAACCUAGAAUCAAUAUUCAAAUCUCCGGAAUUCGAUUUCUACAGCGACGCCAAGAUUAUAGUUAAUGGGGACCGUCAACUGCCGGUCCAUCGCUGCAUUCUUUCUGCUCGAAGCCCCUUCUUUAGGAGCGUCUUCAGUUCUGCCGGUAGAGAGGGAGGAGGAAAGUUCGAAAUGAAGGAAUUGACCAAGGAUUUCAAUGUGGGAUUUGAUGCUUUGGAAGCGGUUAUAAGUUAUCUGUAUAGUGGCAAGGUUAAGCCAUUACCCAAAGAUGUCUGUGCUUGUGUCGACGAAGAUUGCUCACAUGUCGGUUGCUGGCCAGCGGUCGAUUUCAUGGUAGAGGUUCUGUAUGCCUCUUUCACUUUCCAGAUUUCGGAACUGGUGGCUCUUUAUGAGAGGCACCUGCUUGACAUUCUUGACAAGGUGGCAACAGAUGACUUACUGGUGAUAUUAUCUGUUUCAAAUAUGUGCGACAAAUCUUGUGAGAGGUUGCUGAAGCAUUGUACUGAGAUUGUAAUCAAGUCUGAUGUCGAUAUCAUCACUCUUGAAAAGUCAUUGCCCCAUGAUAUUGUUAAACAAAUAAUGGAUUCACGCAAGGAACUUGGCUUACUUGGGUCUGAAAGCAACAACUUCCCAGAUAAACAUGUGAAGAGAAUACAUAGGGCUUUGGAUUCUGAUGAUGUUGAAUUGGUGAGAAUGUUGCUGAGAGAGGGGCAUACCACACUAGAUGAUGCAUGUGCACUACACUAUGCUGUAGCAUAUUGUGAUGCCAAAACUACAACAGAGCUCCUCGAUCUUGGAAUUGCUGAUAUUAAUCAUCAGAACCUAAGGGGAUACACUGUUCUACAUGUUGCUGCAAUGCGGAAAGAACCCAAGAUUAUAGUAUCCCUUCUAACAAAAGGAGCCCGUCCACCUGAUCUUACUCCAGAUGGAAGAAAAGCACUUCAGAUCUCCAAGAGGCUCACCAAAUCUGUGGAUUACCAUAGAUCUACUGAAGAAGGAAAAGCUUCUCCGAAGGAUCGACUGUGCAUAGAGAUAUUGGAGCAAGCAGAGAGAAGGGAUCCACUACUGGGAGAAGCUUCUGUUUCUCUUGCAAUGGCUGGUGACGAUCUGCGUAUGAAGUUGUUAUACCUUGAAAAUAGAGUUGGUCUGGCAAAACUUUUGUUCCCCAUGGAAGCAAAAGUUGCAAUGGACAUUGCUCAAGUGGAUGGCACUUUUGAGUUCCCAUUAACUAUCCAUUCCGGGAAUGCACCUGGUGGCCAGAGGACUGUGGACUUAAAUGAAGCACCUUUCAAAAUUGAAGAGGAGCACCUCAAUAGGAUGAGAGCACUCUCGAAAACAGGUAAAUAUGAAGUAUACACCUUGUCUCAUUGGGAAUAUAGUUAGUUUUUAUUGUCUAUG